AUGUCGUCCAAUGCUAGCGACUAUAGCGACACUGAAUCACCAAGUCCUCCUCCCCAGCCCAUUUUGACAGCUUGUCAAGACGAACAAGUACUGUCUUUAGACCUCGAGGAGAACGACUUCCUCUAUCGGGUGCGAAAAAAGAAUCGGGUUGUCUACGUUUGGGUCCUCGGUGAAGGCAUCAUCCCUCCAGAUUAUAGGACCGAUAGCUAUCGGAUUCUUCUGUACCUGCGAAGGGUACCACGCUGGGAGGAAGAAUGGACAACACUCACCGUGCGAAACGGAACUCAUGGCCUCGAAAGCACGCUAGAAGAAUUCAAGCCACACGGAUUGAAUCUGACAAAGCUUGACAUCUCAACUGCCAAGUUCUACAAUCUUUCAAGCUUCACAAAAGUGUCGAGAAUCGGUGAUCGUCUCUCCUGUGUACGGGCUGACAACAACAACGAGAUGUGGGUUAUGAAGAUAGCGCGAUUCAAACAUGAGGUCCGCUAUCUGCAGCAGGAGGUAUCCAUCUAUUCCAUCCUAUCGUCCGCUGGCUUUCUACUAGCCCCACACUUUAUUGGAUACGUCUACGAGGGAACAAAGGAUCGUACAAUCGGCUUCCUUAUGGAGAUGAUUUCAGGCCAUCCACCGGACAUAGAGGAUCUGGAAGAAUGCAAAAGCACUAUUCGCCUACUGCAUGCCCUCGGAAUCCUCCACAAAGACACCAAUAAGUACAAUUUUCUGAUAAAUGAGAAAGGCGCCCAGAUUCUCGACUUUGAAUCUUCAGUUGCACUAGGGACCGUCGAUCCGACGGCAUCUCAGAAAGAGCUUGAUGGUCUUGAGGCCAAAUUGAGAGAUAAAUCAGGCGUCGGCAGAAAAUAG